ACCCUAAAAGGCCAUUGCAAGAACAAAUCCCUUUCGAAUAAAUCCUUGCCGUCACUUAUUACAUCCAACGGUCAUGAUUGCUACACAGCUCGUGCUUAUCACUCACUGCCCUUUUUCUCACUUCUACUGUCUCAUUCUUCUUUCUCUUUCUUCUUCGCACUUUCUCUGUGUAAAAAUGGCUGAACCUAUUUCCGAUCAUCAAAGCUCUGAACUUUCAUCUUGAUCUCAAUCCUGUUUACUAGAUUAUAAUAUUUACAAGUACAGAAUAUUCAUAUCUAACAUAAUAAAAACAAAACAAAAAAAACAGUUUUUUUUCCUUAAAUUUUUCUUUGUUGGGUGAAAUUUCUGAGCUACGAGUUUGUAGGUUUUUUUUUAAUCAGAGAAACCCACUAUUUUUUAAGCUGUAGGAUAAACCUUAUUCUGAGUUUGAGCAAAUUUCAGCUCAAAGUUUCAAUCUUUACGUUUUUUCUUUUGAGGUACAGUGACAUGUGAUAUGGUCACCGAUACUUAUUCAAAGAUGAUGUCCGAGAUUUCAAUGCGAUCGAUGCUCAAAAACUCUGAUUAUGGCGAAGAUUUGGGGAUGUUGAUUCGGGAGCAGAGGCGGCAGCAAGAAGCGAGCGAGCGAGAGAAGGAGCUCAAUAUCUACCGAAGUGGGUCGGCGCCGCCAACCGUUGAGGGCUCGUUGAACGCCGUCGGUGGUUUGUUCGACGCUGCCAACGCGGCUUCUGCACUUUCGGGGUUCAAGAAAAAUAGCGGCAAAGGGUUCGUGAGCGAAGAGGAGCUUCGCUCUGAUCCUAACUAUGUUAAUUACUAUUACUCCAAUGUUAAUCUUAACCCGCGGCUUCCUCCGCCGAUGCUUUCCAAGGAGGACUGGCGUUUUUCUCAACGACUUCACGGGGGCGGCGGCGCGGGUGGCGGUUCUGCGGUCGGAGGCAUUGGGGAUAGGAGGAACGCUGGGUUGAAUGGCGGCGAAGGAGGGAACCCGAAUAGGUCAUUGUUUUCGGUUCAGCCUGGGAUUGGUGGGGAGGAGAAUGAGGUUGAGUCGAGGAAAGGUGCGGCGGAGUGGGGCGGGGAUGGGUUGAUUGGGUUGACUGGUUUGGGCCUUGGGAGUCGGCAGAAAAGUAUCUCUGAGAUCAUUCAGGAUGAUAUAAAUCAUGCAAAAUCGGUCUCGAGACAACCAUCUCGCCCAGCUAGUCGAAAUGCAUUCGAAGAUGGUGUUGAAUCUUCAGACACCCAGUAUUCUCACAUGCAUCAUGAGUUAGGGUCUAGGGAUGCGAUGCGUUCUGGUGGGAACAUGCAGGGUAUGUCUGCUGUGCAAAACAUUGGUCCAUCAGCUUCUCAUACCUAUGCAUCUGCUUUAGGUGCUACCUUGUCAAGAAGCACGACCCCUGACCCUCAACUUGUAGCUAGGGCUCCUAGUCCUCGCAUACCAACUGCUGGAGGAGGGAGGGCUACCCCAAUUGAUAGAAGAAGUGUCAAUGGUCAAAACUCAUUUAAUGGUGUCCCACCAAAUCUUGGUGAGUCUGAUGAUCUAGUAGCUGCUUUAUCUGGUAUGAAUCUGUCAAGUGGUGUGAUGGAUGAAGAGAAGCAUGCACGAUCACAAAUUCAACGUGAGAUUGAUAAUCGUCACCUCUUCAAUUUGCAAAAUGAUCAAAAUCAUACAAGUCAGAAGCCUUAUUUAAAUAAGUCUGAUUCUGGGCAUCUUCAUUCACAUUCUUUUUCACAGUCGGCUAAGGGGUCUUAUCAGAACAUGAAUAAAAGUAGUGGAGUUGGGAUGGAUUUGAGCAAUUCUUCAUUGAUGCCCGAUGAACAAGAGUUUAAUAAAACUGCUAUUUCUUCUGCUAAUUCAUUUUUCAGAGGACCCUCCACUCAAAAUCAUAAUGGCAGAGGAAGCUCUACCUCUCACUAUCACAACCUAGACAAUUCUAAUUCCACAUAUCCAAACUAUGGUUUAAGUGGGUAUGCUGUUAGUCCUACAUCUCCAUCAAUGAUUGGUAGUCCAAUGGGAAGUGGUAGUUUACCACCCUUGUUUGAAAAUGCUGCUGCUGCAUCUGCAAUGGGUGGCCUUGAUUCUGGGGCAUUUGGAGGAGGUUUGGCUCUAGGACCAGGUAUGAUGGCAGUAGCAGCUGAGCUGCAGAAUGUUGGUAGAGUGGGAAAUCACAAUGCAGGGGGUAUUCAGGUUCCCCUGAUAGACCCACUGUAUCUUCAGUAUUUGAGGUCAAAUGAAUAUGCUGCUGCUCAGGCUGCUGCUCUUAGUGAAGCCACGAUGGAUAGGGAAGGGAUGGGUAAUACGUAUAUGGACUUGUAUGGACUCCAGAAAGCUUACCUUGAUGCAAUGCUUCCUCAAAAAUCACAGUUUGGUGUUCCGUACAUGGGUAAGUCCAGCAGCUUGAAUCAGGGUUACUAUGGAAAUCCCGGAUAUGGUAUUGGCAUGCCCUAUCCUGGAAGCCCAUUGGCUGGUACUCUUCUGCCAAACUCCCCUGCUGGAUCUGGUAGUCCUGUCAGGCACAGUGAACGGAAUUUGCGUUUUUCCUCUGGGAUGAGGAACAUGGCAGGUGGUCUCAUGGGAGGUUGGCAUGUGGAAGCUGGUGGCAACUUGGAUGAAAAUUUUCCAUCCUCUUUACUGGAUGAAUUCAAAAGCAACAAAACUAAAUGUUUUGAACUUGCAGAGAUUGCAGGUCAUGUUGUGGAGUUUAGUGCGGAUCAGUAUGGGAGUCGAUUCAUUCAGCAGAAACUUGAGACGGCCACAGCAGAAGAAAAGAACAUGGUUUUUGAUGAAAUCAUGCCACAAGCCUUAUCUCUAAUGACAGAUGUGUUUGGUAAUUAUGUGAUUCAGAAGUUUUUUGAGCACGGAACUGCAUUACAAAUUAGAGAACUGGCUGAUCAGCUCACUGGGCAUGUUCUGACUCUAAGUCUUCAAAUGUAUGGCUGUAGAGUGAUCCAGAAGGCUAUAGAAGUUGUUGAUCUGGACCAGCAGACAAAAAUGGUGUCAGAACUGGAUGGUCAGAUCAUGCGCUGUGUACGUGAUCAAAAUGGGAACCAUGUCAUUCAGAAGUGUAUUGAAUGUGUACCUGAAGAUGCUAUACAGUUUAUUGUUUCGACUUUUUAUGAUCAAGUUGUUACACUGUCAACUCAUCCAUAUGGUUGUCGAGUCAUUCAGAGAGUCUUGGAACACUGCAAUGACGCCAAAACACAGCGGUUAAUGAUGGAUGAGAUUUUACGGUCUGUUUGCAUGUUGGCACAAGACCAAUAUGGGAAUUAUGUUGUACAGCAUGUUCUAGAGCAUGGAAAGCCACAUGAACGUACAUCCAUAAUUAAAAAGUUAACUGGACAAAUAGUUCAAAUGAGCCAGCAGAAGUUUGCCUCUAAUGUCAUAGAGAAGUGUUUAACUUUUGGAACACCUGUUGAGCGCCAGACUCUUGUGGAUGAAAUGCUGGGUUCCACUGAUGAAAAUGAGCCCCUUCAGGUGAUGAUGAAGGAUCAGUUUGCAAACUAUGUUGUGCAGAAAGUGUUGGAAACUUGUGAUGAUCAACAACUCGAACUAAUCCUUAAUCGCAUAAAGGUUCAUCUGAAUGCUCUCAAAAAGUAUACGUACGGGAAGCAUAUAGUUGCACGUGUAGAGAAACUUGUUGCUGCUGGAGAGAAGAGGAUUAGCAUUCUUGCUCCACAUGCUGCUGCUCAGACGAUGGCGUAGGAGACGAAGUUUUUGUACAGCUAACUGAGGAUAGUACGAGUGCCCUCUCUCUUUUUUCUUUUUUUUUUAUAAUGUCUAGUAAAAGCUCCGACUAUUAUAUUCUAUCGAAUGGACGGGAAGCUAAUUGAAAAAUAAAUAUUGUUGGUUGUACCUAAACCUGUACAUUUUUUUAGUUUGAGGAUAUAUAGCUAGAGUCAGGCUAGUUGAUGAUGAGGCUCAGAUUGUGAACACACACACCUGAUGCCAUUUGCAGAGGAGAUAAAUUUAGUGUACAAGUUUCAAGGGUGUAAAAAGGGAGGAGGUAGUAAAUUAUGUGAUCGUGACUGUACAAAAUGUUCUCAGGUCUAGAAUAUGCUUGUCUUAUGGGAGAGUCCUGAAUUUUUCUUAUGUAUGGGAUUCAAUUUUUUUCCCCUUAAUUUAAGAAACUUUUUCCUUUUCUUUUA